AUGACCGACGGGAGGGGAAGGCCCGCGACCGCGACCGCUAACGUUCCCUUGUCGUCGACCGCGACGAUGUCCAAGCCAUCCAGAUUGCGUCCACCAUUCACUCAGCCGCAGCCUCGGCAGGCCUACCAUCACAACCAUGCUUACGCCUCUUCCUCUUACUCGCGUGCAACGUACCCUGCAUUCCUGCCUCUCAAGGACACCGCCCGCCUGCAGCUCACAUGUGCUGGCCGCGGGCUCCUGGACGCGUUUCGCUGGGACAUUGUCGUCCGCCUAGCUGCCAGCGACCCCGAGAUUCGUGCGAACAUAUUCAAAUCCCUCGUUCUCAAUGCCCUCGCGUUGUCAUCCAUAUAUGCUUUUGACCUGCUCCUUCUCCCUCUCGGCGAGCGUCACUGGCUCCGACGCAACAUAGGCUGGGCAUAUCAGGCUUUCUGGCUUCUUCCUGUCGUCGGCGUCUCGCUCUAUCUCAAUAAUACUUGGUGUACCCUCAUCGCCAAGCGCACUUUCGCACUCCAGCAUGGUCCCCGUGCGGGCGCGUCGCCACCCGCGACGUACACUGGACUCCUGACUGCGCUCGCCACCUCUGCAUACGGCGUGCUCAUGGUGCUCACCUCCGUCGUCUUAUCCCUCGCACUCUCGCGCGUGCCCGUCGCGGGCCCACCCGUGGGCUUCGCGUUCCUCUGCUGGGUCGACGCGCAUGUCUGGAUAGCACGGGGGCUAUCGCUAGCACGGCGCGUGCGGCAUCUGGAGGAGCGUUGGGCAUACUACUUCGCCUUUGGCCUCCCUUCUGCCGCCUUGUGCAUGUGGGGCAGCAGCCUCGCCAACGCGGCGCUUUUUGCACUGGUAUUUCCUGGAUACAUCAUCAUGGCAAUGCACGCGCGUCCCGUCCCACUUGAUCCGUACAACUCGCUCUCUGCAGCGUCGGACGCGAACGACGAUGUGCUGCACCCGCACCCGCUCGUGCCCAUCCGCAUCCCCGUCUUUGCGCUGGUGUUAUGGCUCAAUGACUGGGUCGUGCGUAUACUUACACUUGGCGGUGGGCGGGCCGCACGCGCAGGGCAGAUGAGUGCACAUCGACGAAUGCUGAGCGACGCUGCGGAGAGCGUGGAGGAAGGAGAGCGCUGGCAUUGGACCGUCAUCGAGAUCAGCUACAGGUCGCGCGCGGACUAA